UCCAUCUAGCAGACGUCAGAUCGCCAAGUUCUUUAUAAAAUUUUGAUCGCCGACCUGAGCGCACUCUUACAUGAACCGCAUUCAAGGCUUCUUGAAGUCCUUUCUGCUGGAAAAUCACAAGCAUGAUCUCGAGGCGAUUUUGGCCUCUGACGACGACAGGCGACAUUUUUGCCUACGAGUCAAUGGGACCACACUGUUUGAUGCGAGCGUGGAGUUCGGGGAAUCCCUCCUUUAUCAACCUCAGAAGACUCUCGAUUGUAUGAACGCAUCCGUGGCAUUGGCAUUGCAGAACUGUUGGACUGAUUGCUCAGUCGGAGACAAAUACAACUUGAAAGAAAAUGUCCAUUUUCGACUCGUAAAUCUGCCUCAGUUCAUUCAAACAGCCACACUGCCAAAAUGCAAGCAAGUAUCAAGGUUCCAGGCCAUAACGGGAACAGUUCUAAGAAUAAAAGGAAUGAAGGUAUUGGAGCAUUCGAAGGAAUACCUGUGCGCUACCUGUGGCUACUCCUUCACCAUCAAGGCCGACUUAGUCAUGUUCUGCAUGCUGACCAAGCCUUCCACCUGUCCGAAUCCAAUUGGCUGUCCUGGCUCCAAGUUCAUGCCUUCCACUAAGGAAAUGGACUUGUCAAAAUGUAGCGACUAUCAGGAAGUGCUGAUUCAAGAGAAAGCCAACAAUCUAGUUCUUCGCAAUGUUCCUGGAAGCAUGUGGGUUGUGCUUCAAGAUGACUUGGUUGGAUGCUGCAAGCCUGGACAAGAAGUGGUUGUGAGUGGUAUUCUCUCUGCAAGACAGCACAAGUUCACUCGUGGACAGCGCCCUGACGUCGACUUUGUAUUUCACGCACACAACGUCGAAGUUGCCGAGGAACAGUGUGCUUCUCAGGAAAUCACUGCGGAAGUGAAGAAAGAGUUCAGAGAGUUCUGGGAUGAGCAUGGUGAUCAUCCACUGGUUGGAAGAGACCUCAUCCUGGCGAGCGUAUGCCCUCAGGUGUAUGGCCUCUACCUCGUCAAGCUGGCUGUUGCACUUAUUCUUGCUGGAGGUGUUCGGCAUUGUGAUACAAGUGGAACUCGAAUUCGUGGUGAAUCUCAUUUGCUCCUUGUUGGGGAUCCAGGUACAGCCAAGUCUCAGUUUCUGAAAUAUGCAGCCAAAAUGAGUGCUCGUUCGGUCUUGACAACGGGCAUUGGAAGCACCAGCGCUGGUCUUACUGCAGCUGCAAUCAAGGAUGGUGGAGAAUGGCAGCUGGAGGCUGGUGCUUUGGUUCUAGCAGAUGGAGGCAUCUGUUGCAUCGAUGAGUUCAACAGCAUUCGAGAACAUGACCGUGGCAGCAUCCACGAGGCUAUGGAACAGCAGACAAUUAGUGUCGCAAAGGCAGGCCUGGUGACCAAGUUAAGCACAAGAUGCUCCGUGCUGGCGGCGACAAACCCCAAGGGAUCGUGCUCAGCAGAUGGGGAACUGGACGUGAACACUGGCAUUGCCAGUCCUCUUCUAAGUCGGUUUGACUUGGUUCUUGUCUUAAAGGAUUCUCAUCAUCAAGAUUGGGAUCGUUUGGUCUCCAAAUUUAUCCUCCUCGGGCAAAAUCCAUUGGAAGAACGGGAGGACACUGGGUUUUGGUCCAUUAGCAGAAUGCGCUCCUACUUUUUGACAAUCAAAGCUUUCACUCCCAGGUUGACUGAAGACGCUCAAAGAGUUCUGCAAGAGUACUACAGAUGUCAGAGGAGUGUAGCUCAGCGCGUUGCUGCCAGGACAACGCUGCGACUUCUAGAAAGUCUAGUUCGACUGUCACAGGGUCAUGCAAGGCUCAUGUUUCGAGAGGAAGUUGUUGUCCAAGAUGCAGUGGUUGCUGUGGCACUUAUGGAGGUGUCCAUGCAAAGUUCCGCUCUUGUGGAAAAUGUUGAUGCUUUGCACACUGGAUUUGCAGUAGACCCAGAAAAAGAAUAUCGAAAUCAAGCAAAAAUUAUUCUGACUCGCCUUGGUCUUGAUGACAUCCUUAAAAAUGAACUAAGUCGCUGCAAUGAGAAGAGUUGCCCAUUUCCCAAGACCAAAGAUCACUCCCAAGUAACACUAAAAGACAAGAGCUUCAGUGAGCGUGUGCAUGCUACCAAGGUGCCUCCUAGUGGUGAUUCUCAAAGUGAGCGUGUUAUAGAUGAGCAUAUCAAUGACUCAUCACAGAGGGGUAGUCGAGAGCAACCACGGUCACAACAUCACUGAAGCAUCUAAAACACAUGAAGUGUGGGCAGUUCUAGUUGCGUUGCAUCUGCAGAAUCUCACAUUGAUCCAAAAGCGUCAAAAAGUACAACAGGAAAAUGCCAGAACACUUCAAAAAAGCACAGGGCAAUGCAGUAAGUGUUGAUCAAGAUGACUUAGAAGAUCUUGACAAUGAAUGUAGCACUGGUGGUCGGAAUUCACUUCGUGAACGUUGUGUAACACAGAAAACAAAGAAGCGUAGUUUGAAGGCACAUCAGGUGGAGGAGGGCACCACAGGAUUGUGCAGUACCAUUUGCAAAAAAGACAGGUGGAGCCUCUCCGAAAUAUGAUGUUCAUAAGGAUGUUGACAUUGCAAAGCUCCUUAAAUCUUUUGUUCGCAAGCCAAGAAAUCAGUCUUUGGCAUAUGAGACGAAGUCUUGUCCUGUCACAAACUCUCAUGCUGGAAACAAAUUGUGUGAUGUGGGACAGCCCUCGGAACAAGGAGAAGAGCAUCUCACUAUAUUAUCAGGGGACUCUGGUAAAGGUGACAAAUCAACACUCAGUCGGAGAAGCAACAGUCAGUUUUCUCAGCAAAGUGUCGCUGACUGUGUGCAGCGAAAAACCACGGGUGAUGUUAGCGUUCCGAAGGAGCAAGCAAAGGACUUCACCUCAUCUGAGAAAGCACUAAAGCAAUGUCCAACCACUCCAUUCAGUAGUGCACAAGAGAAGUUAAAAAGGUUUGCACUCGUGAAGUCACCCGAGGCGUCACCACACAGCACCUUUUUUAAAGCUGUUACAAAUGGGAUGGUACCAUCAAGCAACUUAGCGACAAAUGCCACAAGUUCAUCUGAGUUAAGCAAGUUUGCCCAUUGCACACCACCAUCGCAUGUUCAAAUGUAAAUCCAUCUACCCAGGUAUCGGCUACAAAACACACUUUAGGAACUGUUGCUGAUGAUGAACUUGGUUUGAGUGAUGAUGACUGGAUGUUCGACAAUGUGCCUUGUGAGAAACGUCGGCGAACGACCAAUCAAUAGCCAUUUCAGUAGGCUUAUGCAUAGAAUAGCAAACUGACACAGUGCCUUUUGUGCGGCCUUUAAAGGCAUAAGGUGAUUUGCUAUGUGUCAAGAGCAGUUUGCACAUUCUGGAACUUUUUUACACAUUGUCGCUGCUCGCAAAAGUGACUGUAAGUAAUGUAUAUACAUCAUGCCAUAAGCAUCAGUGACUGUGAAGUACAUAUUGCUGCACGUGUGACUGAACAUUAGUACUAUUGCUGUGAUAUAUGCUUCAAGACAUCCAUAAGCACGAGUGUUGCUGUUGCAUAUUGUAUAUGCAGUGUUAUGUCUUCAAGCUAUGCAAGUUCAUUGUACUUUCUCUUGUUUUACUUGAUAGACACAUUGCUUUCACAGUAUCGCUCUGGAUGUCAGCCAUGUCCUUCUCUAAUUUAACUAGUGUAGUUCAAUACCUAAUUGAAAGAAAACUGAGGGGAGAUGAAUUAUCAUUGCAUUUCGAGUGCAGGACUCACUGAUAAUUCAAGUUUAUAGGAGUUUCACAUUUGUAAGAGUAAGCUGUUGACUUUUCUUGAUAAUUUGGUUCAUGAGCUUGGUUCAAAGCAAUUCCAACACUGCUUGUACGUAUAAUAAAUGUUCAGCACUCUGCAG